AUGCCUUCCACGCCAAUCCCAUUCACCUCUGAUCCGAUGGCCUUACUGGCCAUCGAGGCAAAAUUGUUCCUUGGCUUGAUUUUCGAUCUGACAAAACUGGGCAUUCUCAGCACGAUCUGGCCAUUUCGCUCCAAACAUGCCGAGGACGAGCUCUCAUUGACGCGAGGGAAUGUCUGGGCUCUUUUCGUGCACGGUGUGCUGUUCUUCCUGCAGACAUUGUUCUUGUUGUUCAUCGUGGUCUCGCCUUUCGGCGGCGUGCCUGCAAUAAUCUGGACUGCAGUAGUUGUGGUUGGCAUUCAGCUGAACAGAGGCAUAUGCAAUGUGUUGCUCAACAACUAUGGGCAACGCCUGUUCUAUGAUGGAGGCGAAUACUCCCUGAACGAGCAGGACGCUGAAAUGAGAUUGAUACCGAGCAAGCCAGGCUCGCACGGCGAGAGAUGGAUCUUCAUUAAUGGAGUGUCGGUUGGCUCACACUGGAUGGCUGGAAAUCUGAAAAUGAUCUCUCGCAUCUUCCAGCGUCCGGUACAGGGAAUACACAACAAGACCUACGGCAUACUGUUCGAUCUCAUCGAAUGCACAGUGCAAAGAACCUUUGGGUAUCCUACUCUCGACAUCCGCCUGGCCUACGAAACUGUUUCAGCCUUGGUCGCCGAGCCAGAAGUCACGAAAGUGGUUCUCUUCGCUCACAGCCAAGGCGGCAUCGAGUCCUCUCUGGUGCUCGACUGGCUCUUCGCAACCAUGCCGCCGGAGCAGGUGGCCAAGCUGGAAGUUUACACGUUCGGCAAUGCCGCCAACCACUUCAACAGUCCUCAGCGAAAGGACGGCACCAGAGUCAUCCAGCACAUCGAGCAUUACGGCAACACCAGCGAAAUGGUCGCUCGCUGCGGCAUGAUGUUCUUUCGCGGCGUUGGCUCGAAGCUGGCGCGUGCCGCCAAUGGAGGCGGCAAAGCAGUCAAGCGCUCGUGUCGAAUGCGUCUAUGGCGUGCAAAGACCGCGGCGGAUGUCACGACGAUGGCUCAGUUGCGUGAUCGCUUCGUGGGGAAGUUGUUCUUGAGGGAUGCGUUCGGACAUAUGCUGAAUCAGCACUACCUGAGGAAUAUGUUUGAGUCGGAGGACAAUGAUUUCAUGAAUAGUCCCGUCAGUACUAGCAACUUUGAGGGUGAUGGGGAUGCUGCUGUGCCCGAAGGACUGCUGAAGGAUAAGAGUCGGCUUUGGCGAUACCGGAAUGGUGGCACGCCUGAGAAAUGA